AAUGAUUUUAGACACUAGAAAUGAAUGUUUGAAAUGAAUAAUGAUUCAACCAAGACCUGUGUGGCUUCUUGUAAAAUUAGAAUAAAAGUAGUAUAAUUAGGUAAACUGACCUUGUGGUAGAUGGAAUUAUAAACCAAGAACUGGGUUAAAUGACUUUUUCUAAAUCUGAUAUUAUAAGAUAUAAGAAAUAAGAUUAUUAGGUCUCUGUCUAUGAUAUCUAAAAGUUCAUUAGCCAUACGCUUUCCAUUAUUUCAUCUUGGAGCUAAUUUUAGAAACAAUAUUUCAGUUUUAAAAUGAAUCUUUUUGGGUGACAUUAAACUCACUUUUUACAAAAUGAAUGUCAUUAUUUCAUUCCUAAACACAGGAAUGAAAUGUAAUUGUUUCAUUAUUAAAUAUAGAUUCACUGUGGGUGGCAUGGAAACUUUGAUCUAGCAAGUGACAGAAUAUUUCAUCCUGCCUCAACAUCUGAUUCACUGUUUCUUUCUGAACAAAGCAGCACACCUUUAGUUACACACAGCACACCUCUUAACCAGAGAACUCUUAACCAUGCACUGUCAAAACUCUUUCUUCAUCUGGAGCUUCCUGUCCUUGUUAACAAUUUAUCAAGAUCAUGUUGCCUCUGAAAUCGUCUGUGAACCAGGUCAGAGGGCUACACACUCGAAGACCAAAUGUGAACCCUGUCCGGAUAACCAAUACAACCCUAAAAAAGGUUCGAGUAUAGAGUGUCGAAACUGUGAACCUUGUGGCUUGUACAGUUAUAAGAUUUCGGACUGCACAUCAAUAAGUAAUACUAAAUGUCUUUGCCAUAGUGGUUUUAUUCCUUAUGACAAAACACUGAAAAGAUGCAAAUGCCCAAUUGGUUCAGGGAUAAUAAAUUCAGAAAAUGGGAUUCCUAUCUGUGAGAAAUGUCCACCUAAUACCUUCACUGAUAAAAGUAACUCUAAGUGUGAGCCACAACACGUUCUGAUAAUUCCAGGAACUGCCACUUCUGACGUCAGUUCCGUAAAUGAAGUAGUACCUCCUUCCUCCCCGCUGUCUUUUUCUCAGACAUCCACCAGCACACCAACCACAGCUCCAACCGCCAGCAGAAAUGACUUUACCACUUCUACCCCCGCAACCUCCAUUCCUGAGCUCCAUGACAGCAGGGCGCAUGCCAUCUGGCUGGCGUCUCCAGCAGCUUUUCUGCUUCUAAUCCUCAUACUAAAGCUCAGCGGGUGUUCGAAGAAAAAGAUUGACAUAGUACGACAAGGUAGCGAGUGUGGAAAGCCGAUUGAGGAAUCGGGGGAGAAAUUUAUUCCUGCUGUCUAAUCCUUCACUUCACAUGCCAGACUUUAACAGUGCUAUGACUGAAAAUUCCCAGUAGGUAUUAUAUACCAAUGAGACCUACAGUGUUUUAGCUGCACUUUACAUUGCAAUAGCUCUGGUACAUUCAGUCUACAGUGAAUAUUAGGAACUGAAACUGAGUGGUAUGCAUUACAUGUACCAUUUAAAGAAAUUUAAUUAUCAUGGAGGGUGGUGAUUUUCCCCCACAUCAUUUAAAUGUCUGUCUUGAUCAUAGCGGUAAGGCUGAAACAUUAUGAUUACAUAUUGUACUUUUACAGUAUUACAAUUUACGUAUAAGUAAUUAAGUAAAAAAAAAUGUUUUAUAUAUAUAUAUAUAUAUAUAUAUAUAUAUAUAUAUAUAUAUAUAUAUAUAUAUAUAUAUAUCAUUUUGUAUACAAUGUUUAUUUUACUUUUAUAAAGUUUGUCAAUUAUUUUAUGUAUAAAUCAAACCAGAAAUGCAUAGAACAUUAAGUUGUGUAGGAAGAUGUUGUCUGUUAGAACCAUCUCUGAAACUAGUCUGUAGCUGCUGAAAACAUUACUGUGAAGCUAUGACCUUUUACUGGUGUUUCCAAAAUGCUCUGUUAUUUUACCACACAAAUGUUUCUGUGCCUUGUGAUGACUCACACACUCCUGAGAUAGGACACUUGGAUAACAAGUGGGCUAAGGACAAACUGAGAAUGCUUUUUUCUAUUAUAUUCUAUUUAAUUCUAUUCUAUUCUGUUUUGUUUUGUUUUGUGGAUGUUAGUAAAAGUGGAUUGCAUAGUCGAUAUGAAGAAAUGUUUUCGAAUUUAAAUAGGUUAAAAACAUUCUUUUGUUAUUUGGAGACAUCAAUUAUACAAGUAUUUGCACAGUUCAAAAUAUGUUGUAUUGUAUUGCAUGGGAUUAUGUUGUAUGAUAUUACUUGUCAUUUCUUUGACAUCAUAUGUACAUUGUUUUACAGUUUAACUACAGAACGGAAUCAUAUGUUUAUUUAGUAUUUCUUAUUAAAAUCCAUUAAAACAUGA